GAGAGAGAGAGCGCGCAGUGAACUGUGAAGCGAACUGUUGGGAACUGACUGACGGAGAGGUCCAUGUUGUAGGUUGCACACGUCUCUGCAGCCUCACCCCACAUUUUAUGAAAAAGGACAGCAACUUCAGUCGAUCCACAGAGGUUUGUGGUGCUCCUUUUUAGAGUUUCCUGCUCUUACAUGGUAACACAGAGCUGAAGCUUAAGGGUGUUGAAGAUGGCGGUGUGGAUCCAGGCCCAACAACUGCAAGGAGAUGCCCUCCACCAGAUGCAAUCUCUGUACGGUCAGCACUUUCCAAUUGAGGUGCGACAUUAUCUGUCCCAGUGGAUAGAGAGCCAGCUCUGGGAUGCCAUAGACCUGGAGAACCCACAGGAGGAGUUUAAGGCCAAACGCUUACUGGACAGUCUUAUACAAGAGUUGCAGAACAAGGCUGAGCACCAGGUUGGGGAGGAUGGUUUCCUUCUUAAAAUCAAACUGGGACACUAUGCCAACCAGCUCAAGAGCACGUAUGACCGCUGUCCUCUGGAGCUGGUCCGAUGUAUCAAACACAUCCUUUACACAGAGCAGAGGCUCGUCCGAGAGGCUACAAACUCAAACUCUCCAGUGGGUGGAAUGAUGGACAGCAUGUCUCAGAAAUACCAACAGAUCAACCAGGCUUUUGAGGAGCUUCGCCUGCUGACCCAAGACACUGAGAACGAUCUCCGCAAGCUCCAGCACAACCAGGAGUACUUCAUCAUCCAGUACCAAGAAAGCAUGCGCAUUCAGGCUCAACUGGCCAGCCUGGCCACACUGCCCCCUGCUGACCGCCAGCUACGAGAGCCUGCCCUUCUGAGCAAGAAAAACACUGUGGAGGCAUGGCUGACGAGAGAGGCCAACACACUACAGAAAUACAGACUGGACCUGGCAGAGAAGCACCAGAAAACACUGCAGCUGUUGAGGAAGCAGCAGACCAUCAUUCUGGAUGACGAGCUGAUCCAGUGGAAGAGACGGCAACAACUGGCAGGCAAUGGGGGACCGCCGGAGGGAGGCCUGGACAUCCUUCAGUCCUGGUGUGAGAAGCUCGCGGAAACGAUUUGGCAAAACAGGCAACAGAUUCGGAGGGCCGAGCAUCUCAGACAGCAGCUGCCUAUCCCUGGACCUAUUGAAGAGCUCCUCAACGAACUCAACAGUACUAUCACAGAUAUCAUUUCAACACUGGUCACCAGCACAUUCAUCAUUGAGAAACAACCUCCACAGGUCCUUAAAACCCAAACUAAGUUUGCCGCUACAGUGCGCCUUCUAGUGGGAGGCAAGCUGAACGUACACAUGAAUCCCCCACAAGUCAAAGCUACCAUCAUCAGUGAACAGCAAGCCAAGGCCCUCUUGAAAAAUGAAAACACAAGAAAUGAUAGCAGUGGUGAAAUUCUUAACAAUAACUGUGUGAUGGAGUACCACCAGACUACGGGCACUCUGAGCGCCCACUUCAGGAACAUGUCUUUAAAGAGGAUCAAGCGAUCGGACAGACGAGGAGCAGAAUCUGUCACAGAAGAGAAAUUCACCAUUCUGUUUGAGUCCCAGUUUAGUGUUGGAAGCAAUGAGCUUGUCUUUCAAGUGAAGACAUUAUCACUUCCUGUAGUGGUGAUUGUUCAUGGUAGCCAAGACAAUAAUGCCACUGCAACUGUAUUGUGGGACAACGCUUUUGCAGAACCGGGUCGGGUGCCUUUCCUCGUGCCAGAUAAGGUGCUUUGGCCUCAGCUGUGUGAGGUCAUCAACAUGAAGUACAAGGCAGAGGUGCAAAGUAAUCGAGGUCUGUCGGAGGAGAACUUGGUAUUUCUGGCUCAAAAAGCCUUCAGCAGCUCCAGCAACAACCCUGAUGACUACCGGAGCAUGACUAUGACCUGGUCACAGUUUAACAGGGAAAGCUUGCCAGGGAGGAACUUCACAUUUUGGCAGUGGUUUGAUGGUGUGAUGGAACUCACAAAAAAGCAUCUGAAACCACACUGGAAUGAUGGAGCCAUCCUGGGCUUUGUGAACAAGCAGCAAGCUCAGGAUAUGCUCAUGUCUAAACCCAACGGUACCUUCCUCCUGCGCUUUAGUGAUUCUGAAAUUGGAGGAAUUACAAUUGCCUGGGUGGCAGAAAAUCCUAACAAAGCAGGUGAAAGAAUGGUUUGGAACCUUAUGCCCUACACAACCAAAGACUUUACCAUUCGCUCUCUGGCUGACCGCAUUAGUGAUCUCAACCACCUUCUAUUCCUCUACCCUGACAGACCCAAGGAUGAGGUUUUCUCCAAAUACUACACUCCGCCUCUCUCUAAAGCAGUUGACGGUUACGUGAAACCACAGAUCAAACAAGUUGUGCCUGAGUUUGCCACAGCCAAUCCAGACCCAGCAAGUGGGAAUCCAACUUACAUGGAUCAAGGUGCCUCUCCAGCACCUGUCAGUCACCCUCACGCCUAUGGCAUAUAUCCAGCUAUGGCUGACUCUAUGUUGGAUGCAGAUGGAGACUUUGACCUAGAUGACACCAUGGACGUAGCGAGGCAUGUAGAAGAGCUUCUCCGGCGGCCUGUAGAGAGCCAGUGGAGUGGCCAGCAGUCGUGACCUUUGACCGUUUAACUCGCAACAAAACCAAAUGAGCCCUGCCCAGCAACUUGCCCUACUCACAUCGACAUGGUUUAAUUCCAUUGGUCUCUCUCAUUUUUUUUCAGAUUGCUAUAAUGUGAAAUGUUCAUAAUGGUUGUGAUUUUUUUUUUUUUUUUUUUUUGCUUUCCAGCAUGAAAACAUGCAUGCCAGUGACUUCAUAUUGUUUUUAUUUGUGUAAUCAGUGUUUGUAAAAGAAAGUAUAAUGCAAAACCUCUAAUGUUACAAUGUUAUGAAAAAGAAGUAAUGGUCACUCACAUAGUGCAUGCAUUUUCAAUUGAUUUUAAACUGAUUUUUUUUUUUAAAUAUGCUACUGUAUGAAGUUAUUUUAGAAGUUGAAUGUUUUUAUUUUAUAUUUUCUUCUUUGUAAAUGGGUUAUUAGUAUUUUAUUAGUGACAUUGAACUUGCCCUUUCACAAAAAAAAGAAAGAAAAAAGAGAAACUUUGAUGAAAAGUUUUGAUUUUGCUCCCAACAACAUAAUCCGAGUCACUGCUCUGGAGAGUUUUUUUUUCAAACCCAUAUACACUAACCUAAAGGCAGGGUGACUCUUUGCUCACUGACAGCACACACGCUUCAAAGAUACACAUGCACAAAUUUAAGGUGUAUUUGUUUCUGAUUUGUUCACCAGCUGAAAGGAGGGGAGAAUUAUGUACCUCCCUUGCUCUCACAGGGCUACUUUUUCUUCUGUUUGUACCUGAAAUGCAAAUCUGAGCAUCUACCCAGUGCUGCCUGCUUGUCCUCUCAGGUCCCUCUGUGCCCCUCAUCAGUGCUACCUCGCAUUAUUCCACUGACAGUCUCUGUUAAUGAUUCUCUUGUUGUUUUCUGCACCACAUUCUCACCAGUAGGUACGGUCAGAAGUUUUUCUUCUUUUAAUCUGCAUUAUUUUUUGUGAAGACGAUCCCUUGCUGCACAGGCUAACUCUGUUGGCUGUUUUUAUGCUUGAAACUGCUCACCUGGAAAACACCGGAAUCAUGAAGUGUCACGUCUGAUUGUUAAUGCCUGAAUAUUUGAGGCUGUUCUGCUCCCUUGUGACUUUUCUGCCUUUCAGUGCAUAUAUAUAUAUAUAUAUAUAUAUAUAUAUAUAUAAUUUUUUUUUCUUUGCAUCUAUGAACGAGUGCAGACUUCGAAUGCUUGCACAUACUCACAAGCUGCUGGGUCAUGUUUAGGAUUCUAGGAUGUUGAACUGUGUCAGUCUGUUUCUUUACCUGACUUUUGAUUUCCCCCACCCGUCCACACACACAUAAAAAAUAAUUGUCUUGCAUCUCAGGAAUGAAUCACUUUGCUUAACUGAUGUAUAAGCCAAAAAGAAGAGAUCUAUGUAUACGAAAUAUAUGAAUUUAUUUUCUCUAUCUUAAUUGUAUUUUAUUAUUAUUAUUAUUGUUUCACUGGCACUCCCAAAUUGAAUGUAACCUUUUGCAUGACCGUACAAUACUCUCUCUGUCAGAUAAGAAGUCCCCCGUUGACCAUAAGUAGCAACUGAAAAAGGAUGCACGGCAACUGGAAAUUAAAGGUGUAGUUCUGUGUUUGUCCAGUAAACACAACAGUAUUUGAAAUAUUUCUUUUCCUUUUUUUAAAAAAAACAAAACUUUUUCUUUUGCCUCACUUUCUUUCCUGUUUUAGAAAUCUCAAGCUACAUGGACAGUCUUGUGCUAUGUCUCUCAUUAUCAUCACUUCUGAGCUUUGUUUCACUGUAGUCUGUGUAUUUUUUAACGAUAUAGAUGGCGCUGUGUGCUGUUUUAUGUACGUACCCUGUUUGUGGUUUGGGUUUAUGACUUGGAAGUUUUCCAAGCGAAAAAGCUGUUGGGUUGAAAAGAAGGAAAUAAAGUUUUAUAAAUAAUUUGAAUUCAA